GGUGUAGGACGGACUUUACGUGUGGAUGGUGCAGGUAAAUCGAACGCCAACUGCCGUCAAGUACUUUCCUCCAUCCUCUUGCCUUCACCGACCCAUCCGCCCAUCCGACCAGCUCCAAGAACUCGGAGAGUUUCGAGGGCCCGAGGGCCUUCGGCUUUGGUGGCUUGGCAUGGUGGUUUGACAGCGCGAACUGGCUCCAGUUCUUAACUAAUAUUUCCCAGUGUUUUCUGUCCAUUGCGUCGAAUGAGGUGCAAUGUCGAAUCGACGACGACAACGCCACUGCUUCGCUCCAGGCUGCCGAACGGGUUAUGAGUGGGGUAAAAAGCAGCCGUCGCUGUUUUCAGUGCCCAAGGAUGAAGAGCUGAGAAAAGUUUGGGAACGAAACUUGCGUCGCAAGGAUAAGCGUCUGGACGAAACGUGCUCGGUGUGUGAGCUCCAUUUCGAGCCAUCGCUCGUGAGGCAUGACUUCGUUUACAUUAUAAACGGAGAAGAGGUGCGCAUGCCGCGUAAAAGGGCGGAGCUCUUGCCGGGCGCCGUGCCGACGCUGCUUCCGAAUGUUCCGAGCCACCGGUCGAAGAAAGCGUCGCAGCCAAGGCCCCCGGGCAAGCGAAAGAACGCCGACGCUAAAAAAAUGCCGAGCACUGUCUCUGCAAAUGCCUGCAGCAGCACCAUACCGGCUGCAGCCGAUAGCGUGUUGUCGACAGAUGCGCCCGAUACCGGGGCACUCGAUGAAGCCGGUCUGCCCCCAGAAUACUCCACGCUGUGUGUCCCCUCCGAGUGCUGAAGCUGUCGCCGAGCUCGGAAUCUCGGCGGGUUCGUGUAUUGCGUCAGCUGCGAGGAAGCGGAGCUGCUCCUCCGAGACGUCGACUCCUAUUGUCCCUGCAGAGAUGCUUUGCCGACGAGCAACAUGCCAAGAUCCGAUCUUACGAAGGGGCCCUGAAGGGCAAGUGGUCAUCCGCGAGGGCACAUAUUUCGCCAGCCGCUGCAGAGGAAAAGAGCCAAGUGAAGCACAAGCAUGCAUCUCCUGCCGAUACCCGAGAAAGGCACUUCUAACGCGGCGGUCAAGGGUGCGGCGAUCGGUCAAGAAGCACGUCCGAAGCAUCACCAGAAGCACAGUGUUACUGUGCAGAACAACUGAAGACUGGUGUCUCGCCAUGUCAGCCUCCAAGCCCAGCUUGGGCAAAUGCAAGAUGAAAAUGCUUCGAACCUUGACGUAGCACUACUGGCACGGAUUGCAACCUUGCCUCCCUGUGUUAGACAGCAAAGAAGGGGAGCUUGAAGGGCAACCACCUGCUAAAAAAAAACGGGGUUGUGAAACGUAUCCUGAUGAAAAUGAAAAUUUCCACGCUUUA